AAGACCCUCGCCCUUCUUGGCUCUCCCAGCCGCGCCGCAGCGCGGCCUGGCACCAGGGCGCAGGCCGCUCGCGGCCAUGCUGGCGGCCCAGGCGCGCCGCUGUCGCGGCCGCGCGCGCAGGGCAGCCCGGGCGGCCCUCCUCGCGGGCGCCGCGCCGCUCCAGGCUGGCGGCUGCUCCACGUGGUUCCUGCCGCCGGCCCCGCCGUUGCACGCCACGGACCUCAACGGCAUUGUGCUGCCCGACGUGUGCUUCAACACCACAGGCAGCUCCCAGCACGUCUUCAUCAUCGGUGAUUGGGGCGGGCUCCUCGACCAGGGCCGUCUGCAGCCAGCCGACAGGCGCUCGAAGGCGUUCAAGGAGGGGUACCACCGGGACUUCCUUGACGGUGUCGACGACCAGGCCCAGCUGCUGGUCGCCGAGCAGAUGAAGAUACGCGCCCCAAAGAGCAAACCCGACUACGUCCUGAACGCCGGCGGCUCGGAGUUGCCUAUCACACGUCCUUCAUGUCUUCCAUGUCUCACAGAAGAACUGCCCACGCGCGGUUGAGGACCGUCAUAGGGCCCUCCUGGCCCGUGUUCGGGCCUAUUUGGCGGGUUGUGAGGCAGUUUUGGGGCUAUCUUGGAGGCCCCGUAGCUGUCCUCAGGUGUCGGAAGCCCGAAAAGGCGAGAGCGUAG